UGUUUAUACUCCAGUAUGUAUCAUUGUGAAAGUUGAACGGUCAAACGAAAAGGAGAUCCCACCGUUCGAGGUCAGUCUUAGGCUGGCCAUAACGAGAGCAACUUAGGUGGUAUCAUAUUUUUGGAACUAACAAAUGUGUUGAUGUGGCACAUAUUUAAAGAUGAAAGAGAGAGUUAGAGUAACAUAGGUAGAUACCGUAACAUGUUAAAUGUUAUACUACUAUAUGUCAUGCAUGUUAAUAAUACUCCUCAGUAUGACCAGCCUUAACGACGACGGUGGAAGUCAAGUCAACCCGUGCAUGCCACACACCACGUGCACGCUUACCAGUUACCACACUCCCACUCGCUCCAUCUCUAUGCUAGCGCGUCUCCACUCCAGCAGCAGCGUCUCAGAAUCUCGGUCAGCGACAUGGCGAGACCGGCGUACGCGCACCUCCUUCGCGCCACCGUCGUGCUCCUCCUCCUGCUGGCGGCCACCGUGCCGGAGGUGACCGUGGCGACCUCGCAGGCCGACGCCCUUCUUGCAUGGAAGGCCAGCCUCGGCCACCCAGCGGCACUGUCCAGCUGGAACAGUGCAACGCUGGUUUGCUCCUCCUGGGACGGCGUGGCCUGCGACGCCGCCGGCAGCGUCACGUCGCUCAGGCUCCGGGGGUUUGGAGUGGGACUCACCGGCAGGCUCGACACGCUCGACGUUGCGGCGCUCCCGGCUCUUACCACGCUGGACCUCAACAACAACAACCUCACGGGCUCCAUCCCGGCAAGCUUAUCAAGGUUGCGGUCGCUCGACCUCAGCAGCAACAUGUUCAAUGGCUCCAUCCCGCCGCAGUUCGGCGACCUCUCCGGCCUCGUCGACCUCCGCCUCUACAACAACAACCUCAUCGGCGACAUCCCGCACCAGCUAAGCAGGCUCCCCAGGAUUGCACACCUCGACCUGGGCUCCAACUACCUCAUCAGCCCGGACCACCACAAGUUCUCGCCAAUGCCCACCGUCACCUUCCUGUCGCUCCACCUCAACUACCUCAAUGGCAGCUUCCCGGAGUUCAUCCUCAAGAGCGGCAACAUCUCCUACCUAGACCUGUCGGACAACAUUUUUUCCGGCCCAAUACCGGAUUCGCUGCCGGAGAGCCUCCCAAACCUCAUGUACCUCAACCUGUCCGACAAUGUCUUCUCAGGCCGGAUACCGACGUCUCUGUCAAAGCUGGGGAAGCUGCAGGACCUGCGGGUUGGCAAUAACAAUCUGACUGGCGGGGUCCCCGAGUUCCUUGGUUCCAUGUCCCAGCUGAGAGUUCUCCAACUCGGCGGCAACCCGCUGGGGGGGUCGAUCCCGCCGGUUCUUGGCCGGCUCGAAAUGCUACAGCACCUUGGCAUCGGGAACGCCAGUUUGGUUUCCACUAUUCCACCGGAGUUGGGCAACCUUGGCAAUCUCAAAUUUCUGGACCUGUCGGAGAACCAGCUCACCGGUACUCUGCCACUGGAGUUGGCCGGGAUGCACCAAAUGUGUGAGUUUAACAUAGGGUCAAACACACUCACCCGUCAGAUUCCACCGGGUUUAUUCACGAGCUGGCCAGAGCUCAUAUCAUUCCAAGCGCAGAUGAACUCGUUUUCGGGGAGAAUUCCACCGGAACUCGGCAAGGCAACCAAGCUGAUAAUCCUGUAUCUCUUCAGUAACAACUUUGUUGGCUCUAUCCCUGCAGGGCUAGGCAAGCUGGUCAGCCUAGAACAACUGGAUUUGUCGGUGAACAUUCUCACGGGACCAAUCCCCAGCUCGCUCGGCAACCUUACACAGCUCAAAAGGCUGGCGCUCUUCUUCAACGGGCUCACCGGCACGAUCCCGCAGGAGAUCGGCAACAUGACGGCGUUGCAAGUCUUGGACCUCAACACCAACAACUUGGAAGGUGAGCUGCCCGCCACCAUCACAUUGCUCAGGAAUCUUCAAUACCUCGCCCUGUAUGACAACAACUUCAACGGCACCAUACCGCCGGACCUCGGGAAGGGGCUAAGCUUAACCGAUGUGAGUUUCGCGAACAACAGCUUCUCCGGUGAGCUGCCACAGAGACUGUGCGACGGCCUUGCGCUGCAGAACUUCACGGCAAACUAUAACAACUUCAGUGGCAGGCUGCCAUCGUGCCUCAAGAAUUGCACAGGUCUGUUCCGGGUGCGGCUGGAAGGCAACCAAUUCACCGGCGACAUCUCCAAGGUGUUCGGCGUCCAUCCCAGCUUGGACUACUUGGAUAUCUCAGGGAAUCAGCUGACUGGGAAGUUGUCGUCUGACUGGUCACAGUGCACCAGUCUUACACGGUUAAACAUGAACGGUAAUCAAAUAUCUGGCAAUAUUCAUGAAACCUUGUGCGGAUUGACCUCUCUCCUGGUACUGGAUCUAUCAAAUAACCAAUUCACCGGGGAGCUCCCAAGUUGCUGGUGGGAGUUCAAACAUAUGAUUGCUAUGGAUUUGUCCAACAAUAGCUUUUCAGGUGAACUUCCUAUAUCAACGAGCUUGGGCCUUGAACUCCAGUCACUUCGUCUUGCUAACAAUAACUUUCUUGGAGUUUUUCCAUCCGUAAUUGAAACCUGCAGAUCUCUCGUCAUCCUAGAUCUUGGGAACAACAUGUUCUUUGGUGAUAUCCCAUCUUGGGUUGGAACAAGUCUUCCUAGUUUACAAGUUUUGAGCCUCCCAUCCAACAAUUUUAGUGGUGUUGUUCCACAAUUAUCCCAACUUUCUGUCCUGGACCUGUCCAGCAACUCUUUCUCAGGUCAGAUCACUAUGACCAUGGCAAACCACAGCUGCUUUCUCGAGUCGCUUCAUAUUGCCGGCAAUGGCUUCACGGGGACCUUCCCGCCGUUCUUAGAAGGCUGCAACUCGCUGGCCACCCUGGACAUCGGGAACAACCAGUUCUUUGGUGGUAUCCCUACAUGGAUCGGGAGUCAGCUUCUAUCAUUGAAAAUCCUUAGACUUAGAUCAAACAAUUUUACCGGAGAAAUCCCCCCCGAGCUAUCGAGGCUUUCGCAACUUCAGCUGCUCGAUAUGGCCAAAAAUAGCUUGGCAGGAUCAAUUCCGGUAGCCUUCGGCAACUUGAACUCCAUGAGGCAUAAUCUUCCCCCAUUGGUCCAACCAAGUCGGAUUUUCAAUUUUGAAAGAGUCAACAUAUCCUGGAAGGGACGUGAACAAACUUUUUGGAAUGGCAUCAGGUUAACAGGCAUAGAUCUAUCAUGCAAUCGACUUUCAGAGCACAUCCCAGAUGAGCUAACAUACCUCAAAGGUCUCCAUUUUCUGAACUUAUCCAGAAACGAUCUAUCAGGCAGCAUUCCUGAAAGAAUCGGCAGUUUGGAGCUCUUGGAGUUCCUUGACCUGUCAUGCAAUGAACUUUCAGGUGGCAUUCCUCCAAGCAUUUCAAAUCUGCAGUCCCUUGGCGCAUUAAAUCUCUCAAACAAUCACUUACAGGGCCGCAUACCCAACGGGAAUCAGUUACAGACACUUGCAGAUCCAUCAAUAUAUGGCAACAAUCAGGGGCUCUGCGACUUCCCGUUGAGCGUGUGUGAGCCCACGUUGGUGGAGGGAGCUGAAGACCACACAAAGCUCAGAGACCUGGGGCUGUGUUACUCUGUCAUUCUUGGCAUCGUUUCCGGCUUCUGGCUUUGGUUUGGAGCUUUGUUCUUCCUGGAGCAGUGGAGAUUUUCUUUUCUCUGUUUUGUUGACGGCUUAGGGAUCAAGAUAGCUGUCAGGCGCUAAGGUCUUCACAUUUAAAUCAGCAGCAAACGACAUUAGCAUCAAUUA